UCAAAACUACAGUACCCAUAAUCCAUUUCGGCGGUUGCGGAAGUCCUUUUCUUUCCUUCCGCCGUUGCUGGAGUCCCUUUUGGAUUUACAUCGGCGGUCAUCAUGGCAGCCCUCCGACCCUUGACAAAACCCAAAAUCGUCAAAAAGAGAACUAAGAAGUUCAUCCGCCACCAGUCUGACCGAUAUGUCAAGAUUGCGAAAAACUGGCGUAAGCCCAGAGGUAUUGACAACAGGGUCCGCAGGAGGUUCAAGGGUCAGAUGCUGAUGCCCAACAUCGGUUAUGGUAGCAACAAGAAAACUAAGUACAUGCUGCCAAACGGCUUCAAGAAGUUCCUGGUGCACAAUGUCAAGGAGCUGGAGGUCCUGAUGAUGAGCAACAAGACUCACUGCGCUGAGAUCGCCCACAACGUCUCCUCCAAGAACAGGAAGGUGAUCGUGGAGAGGGCUGCUCAGCUGGCCAUCAAGGUUACAAACCCCAACGCCAGGCUCAGGAGCGAGGAGAACGAAUAAACUGCUCAUUCAGAAUAAAUUCUUUAAAAUACAAA